AUGGACACCAACAAUCUGAAUUCAUUGUUGUCGCAGCCACAAGAUGAUGUGGUGAAGACUGCCAGGAAUGAGCUCUUUCGUCAGCUUAAACCCACCUGCAUCAGUCUCGCAGGACUCGUCGCAAAGCCACCCACUGGUGCCGCAGGGAACAAAGAGAUCUCCACUUAUCUCGACAGGCUUCUGGCCACCAUCAACUCAAGCGUUGAGGCAGCCAAUUCAGACCUCCUGAAUGACGCGCUGUCCGACUAUGUCUUCUGGCCGAUUUCUCAGAUCUUUGCCCAAAAAGACAAGUUCUCCUUCCCGGUCGUCGAACGCGCUAUAAAAGUUGCUGCUCUCCUUAUCUCCAAGGGAUGGAGCUUAAAAAGUUUCCAAGACCUGUUCCCGCAGCUCCUCUUCUUCUUUACCAUAAUUAUUGCUGGAGUACCUGGGUCGGAGAAAAAAACUGAAGUUCCCGAGGAAACCGUGCUCGAGGUCCUCAGGGCCCUGCGAGCCCUGUUCGAAACGUCCGGACGAAAUGCGUUGUUUGCGUCCAUUUACAACUCGCCUGACAUCAUCCGCAAAGUGAACACCACUUUACCUGUUGUGAUUGACUUCACCUUGAGCGAAGUGUCGGCCGAAAUUCAAACCGAGGCACUUGCCACACUCCAGGCUGUGAUCCGGGCGAUUAACGAUGUUACGGAGCUAGCGAAGUUUCUUCCGGGAGUCGCUUCCUCUCUCUUGAAACUCCUCUCAAAGCCUGCUAUCCACAAAACACGUGUCUUGACUCAAGGCAUCCUCACGCUCGAAUCCAUCGUUUGUCGCGUCAUGUCUGAUAUGGAGGUCUCGCUCAGGGUUAAGAGGUUCGAGAAGAGCGGCAAACAGGGUUCUCGAGAGGACCCUUAUACUCCCGAAUGGCUCAGUCACACAAAGGAGCAAAUGAAAAUCGUCAUGGCAACUGUUUUGAAGCUCCGCAACAGCGGUUCGGAAGGCGUUCGUGACGCCCUUGAAAAAUUCUGCCUGAUGACGGUGAAUGACUGCCUUCGUUCGCUUGAAAAUUGCCGUCCUAUGCUCGUGGAGACAGCGAUAGUGCUCAUGGAGAGAAGCAGAUUAUCGUCAUCGAACAGGAGGACGUUUCCACGUCUUGCAGAUCUUGUCGAUUUCUAUCCCGAAAUCGCCGAGCAGAUCAAGUCAUCUGCCAUUGAGUGGUUAGAGGGCCUUCCGGAUAUCGCGCUGCAAGGCGACGAGGCGAGACAGAAGCGCUCGAUAGCCUUUCUGGCGAACGCCCAGAAGACGCUAGUCAGCGCUUGCCAAACAUCAGCUUACCUAAAUGGUCUAAUUAUAGAUGCCCUUUACAAUAUUCUCGAGGGCGAAGGUAGCGCAGCCAAUUCAUCUCAAGCCGUUCUCCUGGACAGCGAGGAUAUUGAUGCCAUCGAAACCACGACGAAGACUCUCAUCGCACAGCGCAAGGACGGUGAGAACAGCCAUCUCUUCCAGCCCAUCGCCCUGCCACAUGAAAGCCAACGGGAGACUCGAGAGAUGACCAUAACACUCCUCGGAAGCCUGGGCGACUACUGGGAUAGAAGCAAGGCGGCUGAUGAGAUUUAUCAAGAUUUGGAAUGGAAUCGUCGCUCUAGCCACUUCGCUUGCUGCUGGCUUAUAUUCAAGCUGUUACAGUCUGCGCUUGAUAGCUCCGAAGAUCUCAAUAUGUGGCUAGCUCCGCCUGAUGAGAAGACCCAUGAUAUCGCCCACCCAGAGAAGGUACUCCAAGAGCUGUAUGAGAAUUGCGUGUACUUGCUUUCGCACGCUUUCUCAAAAGGCUUCGAUUGGAAGACCCUAGCUCUGGCCCUGGAGAUCGUCGAAUACACUGCUCGCCGAACCGGAGAGGAAUUUGUUCGCGAGUUCGUGAAUGUCCUCUUCCCCAUCACUAGUCUUCUUGGCCAUGAGCACCCCCAGGUUCGCCGUAAUGCUCUUAUUACGCUUAACUCCCUCGUAUUGCACUGUGGCUACAAGGACGUGUCUGAACUGAUAGUUUCAAAUGCGGACUACGUGGUUGAUGAUUUGGGUUUCCACCUCCGUUCCAUGGAUUUCUCUCCAGCAAUGAUCAACGUCUUGAUCAUGACGACGCGCCUUUCCGGACCCAAGGUCAUACCUUAUCUCGAUGACCUCGUCGAUGACAUCUUCGCCGCUCUAGAUAACUACCACGGCUAUCCUGCCCUCGUCGAAGGCCUUUUUUCUGCGCUCAGGGAGAUCGUUGACCAGGGAGCCAAAGCCGAGACUCUCCUCCUCGUCGAGGGCGAAGAAUCGUCCCGUGUGGAUCACCGAAAGAAACGGGCCCCUCAAUUCACCAUGGAAGAUGUACAAAAAGAAAUCGAGGAGCGGGAAGUAAAGAGGCAACGGCGAGAAGAGGAAGACAAGAAGAUUGACGAGCAGAUCAAGAAAGGCCAUCCGAAGAUGCCGUGGGCCGAGCUUGGGAAGGAGGAGACCGGCCGCCGAAUCACGGAGCUUCUGGACGACAGUGAGCAACCAGAAGAGGGCAGCACCUCGGGACAAGAUGAGAAGGAAACCGGUAACGACGCGGUCGCUCCGGAAGGUGACGCCGAAGAGGAGGUCAAGAAAGAGAAAAGCUCUGCCUACAAGACCCUUACCCGCAUCGCCAAGCUCGCGCAGCAUUACCUUACGUUCCCGAGCCCUACCCUGCGCAAGCAGCUCCUUGGCCUUGUUGCGACUGCGGCCUCUGCCCUAGCUUCGGAUCCCGACAUGUUCUUGCCCCUGGUCAACGAGAUCUGGCCCGUCACCGUGGCUCGCCUGUACGAUUCCGAAGGUUUCGUCACGAUUGCCGCGUGCGAGACCCUCUCCGCCUUGUGCGUCAAUGCGGGAGAUUUUUUGACCUCGCGAUUCAAGACCGAAUGGAAGAAUGGCAUGCACAAGUGGUGCCUCAACGCAAAGGAGCAAGCGUCUAAAUCGACGGGCAAGAGGGGGACUGGCACCGGCCGUCUCAUCACCACCAUCGACAGCUCUAAUACGGGCAUUCUUGUCCCUCUAGGCGACGGCAAGGUCCUCGAGCCGAAGAAGGACUCGCCGGAGGAUGCCGCAACGCAGCUCGAGAUUAGUGGCGGUUUGGGCAGCUACGCGCUAGCGGUCAAGGUGUGGGAUGCCGUUGUCGAUCUGCUCGUGGCGAUUGUCGGACACGUGAGCAUUCCGGAUGACAUGUUUGAUGAUAUUCUGGAGCUCUUGGCCGACCUCGUCCAUAAGCGCCCGGAUGUCAAGGAGGUUUUGGAUGUGGUUAAUGCCGAUGCCGUUUGGUUGGCUCUGUACGAGAGGGGUGAAGUUGAGUGGAAGCCUACUCCCCAGAUCGAGGGAUGGGAGUUUGUUCCUAUGACGAAGGGAAUCGGCUAUCCUGGUCCAGACAAGGCUGACGAUGCGAAGGGGAAGCAAAAGGAGAGGGAAGAGUAA